CGCGCACAGGCGGAAAGACGCGGCGGUGGCGAGAUGUCGCCGCGCCGUCUCGCGCCCCUGCUGAUCCUUGGCACGAUCCUCGCCGGGUUGACGAGCACCGCCGCCGCGGACCGUAUGAGUGGACUGUACGUCGACAACGGGUUCGAUCAGACCGUUGUCCAUCGGGUGGUCAGCCAACGGGAGAAACGCGAGGUCGAGCACGAGAUAUUGAAUCUGCUCGGUCUGCCGGAUCGGCCGAGGAGCACAGCCGGCAGGCCACCGCAGGUCAAGAGGUCGGCGCCCAAGUUCCUUCUGGACAUAUACAAGAACGCGUUGGGCGAGGACGAAGACGAGAAGCCGAUCGGCGGCGAGCAACGUAGGGCCGGCGAGUUCGAUCUCACCGGUCAGGAUCUCAGGGCCAUCGACCAGAGCGACGUCAUCAUGACCUUUACCGCGCACAAUCAUCAUGUUCCCGGCGUGAGGCACGAACGCGGCAAACGGCUCUGGUUCGAUGUCUCGGAGGUACCGGCCGGGGAGCAGAUAAUCGGCGCGGAGCUGAGGCUUUAUCGAAGCAUGGACGCAAAGAGCCGAAGAAACCGUGGAUCGUACAUGAUCACCGCGUACCGUGUCCUGAGAACCGAAGACGGAACGAGGGAGUUGCAGUACGUGGACGCAGUGAACACGACCACUGGAAAAGAGGGCUGGCUGACUUUAAACGUCAGCGAACCUCUUCAACAUUGGGUGAACAACCCCGAUGGAAACAAAGGACUGUAUCUUUCGGUGCAUCCAGCAGAUCGUUCUGUGCACGAGAUGAGACCGGAGGACAUUGGGAUCGUCGGUUUCAGGGGUGAUCCUGACAAACAACCGUUCAUGGUCGGUUACUUCAAGAGUUCCGGCAUCAGGGAGAAAAAGGUACGACAAAAGCGAGAUGCCAGGAGAAGAAAAAAGAGCGAUUCCUCGAAUUUGGAUUAUCGGAAUAAUCCGUACACCGAUCCCGGUGUGCAGUAUAACUCAAAAACCUGUAAAAUCCAGACGUUGUACGUCAGCUUCAGGGACCUGAAGUGGCAGGACUGGAUCAUAGCGCCGGAUGGGUACGAUGCAUAUUAUUGCAGCGGUGAAUGCAAUUUCCCUCUGAACGCUCAUAUGAACGCGACCAAUCACGCAAUCGUCCAAACGUUGGUGCACCUGGUGAACCCAGGUAAGGUGCCGAAACCGUGCUGCGCGCCGACCAAGCUCUCACCGAUCUCCGUGCUGUAUUUCCUCGACGAAAGCAACGUUAUACUGAAGAAGUACAAAAACAUGGUCGUCAAGAGCUGCGGUUGUCACUGAUCGCUGCCCCCCC